AUGGCGACUCUCCUCCCCCCGCCCAGUAAGCGCCAAAAGCUGGCCCAGGCCGAAAAGGCCAGGGAGCAGCAGGAGAUCCAGAGUAUUCCCACCGAUUUGGGCAGUGUCCGUGUCCAAUUCUACGACCAGGCCACUGGCAAUGCUACGGGACCUGCGGUCUCGGUCCCGGUGGCCGAUGCGAAUAUUAAGAACCUCGAGACGCUGUUGAAUACCCUCCAAGGGAAUGACGACGAUGAUCGUGUGCCAUAUCGGUUCACCUACCAAUCCGAGAAGGAGGACGGACAAACCAUCGAUAUCCUCGCUGAUCUAUACCACUCGCUGCUCCAGCCUGGGAUCAAAACUACCGAAGACACCGUCUCGCUCUACUUCACCCCGCAAGCCGUAUUCCGAGUCAAGGCCGUUUCUCGUUGCGCCGCCUCCAUCGCAGGCCACGGCGAGGCAAUCCUAGCCACCUCGUUCUCCCCCGUCAACUCCUCGACCAUGGUCUCCGGAAGUGGUGACUCGACAGCCCGAGUCUGGGACUGCGAGACGGGUACCCCGUUACACACCCUUAAGGGACAUACUAGCUGGGUUCUGGCCGUGGCGUACUCGCCCAACGGCGCCAUGAUCGCGACGGGUAGUAUGGAUAAUACCGUGCGGUUCUGGGAUGCGAAGAAGGGACAGGCGCUGGGUGGACCGGUCAAGGGCCAUUCCAAGUGGAUUACCAGUCUUGCUUGGGAACCUUACCACGUGCAGGAGUCUGGACGGCCGCGUCUGGCAUCGGCGUCGAAGGACUCGACCGUGCGCAUCUGGGAUGUCGUCUCGAAACGCAUUGAGCAUGUUCUCACCGGACACAAGGGGUCGGUUAGCUGUGUUCGAUGGGGUGGUACCGGCCAGAUUUAUACCGCGUCGCACGAUAAGACGAUCAAGAUCUGGAAUCCCAAGGACGGCACGCUGAUCCAGUCUCUGGCGGCGCAUGCCCACCGCGUGAACCAUCUGGCUCUCUCUACUGAUUUCGCCUUGCGUACGGCCUACCACGAUCACACUGGUAAGGUACCCGCUACGGAGGCGGAGAAGGUGGCUGCUGCGCGGAAGCGAUUCGAGGAGGCGGCUACCGUGAACAACAAGAUUGUGGAGCGAUUGGUGUCGGCCAGUGACGAUUUCACCAUGUACCUGUGGGACCCGGCUGCGUCUAAUAAACCCGUUGCGCGACUCCUGGGUCAUCAGAAGGAGGUCAAUCAUGUCACCUUCUCGCCGGAUAUGGCGUAUAUCGCAUCUGCUGGAUUCGAUAACCACGUCAAGCUUUGGAACGGACGUGAUGGAAAGUUCAUCACCACAUUCCGCGGCCACGUUGGCGCUGUCUAUCAGUGCUGCUUCUCAGCCGACUCUCGACUACUGGUAUCUUCUUCCAAGGACACUACUUUGAAGGUCUGGGACGUCCGAACCGGCAAGUUGGCUACGGAUCUACCCGGACACAAGGAUGAGGUCUUUGCGGUAGACUGGUCUCCCGAUGGACAAAAAGUUGGCAGUGGUGGUAAGGACAAGGCGAUUCGAAUCUGGCGGAACUAG